AUGGCCAACAUAUCCAUCAGCGCACCCGGCUUGAGUAGCGGGGGGUUUCUCUAUAAUAAUGGAAACAACAAUGCGCGGCUAUGUAUCACGGCGGAGUCGGAGGAAUUCGACAUGGAUGUUAUCAAGAGCUGGCAAGAUGAAGGAUUCGAUGUUGUCUAUCUCCCCUACAACGGCGGAGGGAAAGAUUACGGCCGACGCCUCCAGUCCGUCAAGGAUGGUCUAGGCGUGGGUGAAAACUACGGAGUGGUUGCUUUCGGCGAUGCCGCCAACUACUGUCUCGACUUUUAUAUCAACUCUGUGAACGCCAGUCGACUUUGCGCUCUCGUUGCCUACUACCCGAGCCUGAUUCCAGAUACCCGAUCACGAUUCCCCCUCUCAUUGCAGGUUAUGGUUCACCUGGCAGGUGAAAGUGUUGACGUCCUCGUCCAGCCGGUCGCGCUUGGUUUGCAAGGGAAGAAGCGUCGUCAAUCGCGACCAAUAACUGCCGGUGUGGGAACAGGAGAGCGAUUGGAUCUGGCCUACCCAGCUUUCACAUACGAUAAUGCUGUGCCUGGAUUCGCAGAAUCCGACUUGGAGGAAUAUGAUCACCUCUCAGCAAACUUGGCCUGGACCCGAACGCUCAAGGUAUUGCGAAAGGGAUACUCGCGCGAUCCAGAUUUGGAGCGCCGUGUGGAAGAUCAUGUCGAGGGGAAAUUCUUCUCCUCCAACGUCAGAAAGACCAUGGACGGUUACGUCCGCGACAAGACCCCAGGCGUGACCUACACGCCAACAAUCAGUGGUGGAAUUGGUAAAAAGGCAUUGAAUCACUUCUACGAACACUUCUUUAUUGGCAAACUGCCUCCAUCAAUGCGCUUGCGUCUUCUCUCCCGCACAACUGGCCCGGAUCGCGUGGUCGAUGAACUAUACGUCAGCUAUGAGCAUACCCAAGAAGUUCCAUGGAUGCUACCGGGAGUUCCACCAACCAACAAGCGAAUUGAGAUCAUUCUCGUGAGCAUUGUCAGCCUCCGCGGUGGACGCAUCUAUUCGGAACACGUGUACUGGGACCAGGCUAGUGUGCUUGUCCAAGUCGGAUUGCUGGAUCCCAAGUUGCUCCCGAAUGGAGUCCAAGGCGUUGAUCGACUCCCUGUGGUAGGCCGCGAGGCAGCGCGUCGUAUUCUUCAUGAAGAUAAUGAGCUCGAGCAAGAGGAUUACCACAACAAGAUGAUCAAGCGGGCUCGUGCGCGUGCGCGCAGAAACCAGAACAUGAGUUCUCGUGCUUCUCAGGCUGACGAGUCUGGAGCGGAAUUGAAGAGUGAGGCUGAGCAGACUUUGCCUGAUCGGACUCGGAAUAAGGGCAAGAGUGUGCAACGGCCCAGGCCUGCAGAGCAAGAGGAUGAGGGCGCUGAGACAGAGACAGAAUCAAGCGUGAAGGGCAAGUCGAAUGGUGGGGGUCAAUCGGCGUCUGUGGAGGAUGGUACGGAGAAUGGUGGAAAUGGAACGCAAUCUUGA